AUGGCGACCAAAAUGUCAUUCGGGAAUUUAUUUCACGGUAAACUCGGCGCUAGCGGGGCUGCCAGUGGGCAGGCUAGCGCCGAUGUGACGCCAGAAUUGCAUCUGAAGAUGUCAAAGAAGAUCGCACAACUCACAAAGGUUAUCUAUGCAUUAAACACCAAGAACGAUGAGCACGAAGCAGUUGUCAAUAGUCUGAAAGAAACUCAUGAGCAAGAACUUCAACAGCUCGUUCUUCAAACCAAAGAUAAGAUCGCUUCCUACCAGAAUCGCAUCGGCCAAGAAGCGGAACUCCGUCAAAGAAUAUCAUCCUUGGAAACAUCACUGAGAGACCAUGAAAACCACAGACAAAAUGCAAUAGUACAAUUCACCGAUUUCAAACGUCAAGCCGAGCAGAGAGAAUCAAAUCUCAAAGCAGAUCAUUCUCAAACUGUACUCGGUUUAUCGCAAGAUCUCCUUGCAAUCAAGAGGAACUUUGAAGAGAAAUUGAAGCAGUUUGAAGAUACGAGACGUAGGACUGAAUUAGAACGAAUUAACAACAUUUCAGAGCUGCGCAAAACACAUGCAACAGAAGUGGAUGAAUUGAAACAAUGUUUAGAAUCUAACCAGAAUGGUCUUACUCAAGAAAGGCAAGAUCUCAUCGAUCAGUACGAGGCAAACAUUAAGAAACUUCAUGAGCAGUUUGACGAGCUUCAAAGGGAAAAGAAUCAAUCCUCUGAAGACUAUGAGGCAAAACUAAGCAAAGCUCAAGCUUUCUAUGAAAGAGAACUCGCAGCAUUACGAGAUGGUGAACUGCGUAAGAAUGCUGAAGAUUGGAGAGAGAAAGAGGCCGUUCUUAGAAGACAAUAUUCUGAGAAACAACACGAAAUGGAGAAUCAGAUUGAAGGUCUGUCGAUGCAACUUGCUGUGUGUGAGGAGGAUUUGGUCUUGAGUAAGGAAAAAUUAUUGAAGGCAGAAAAUGAGCUCAAAUCCAAGGAAAGUGAUUCAAGCAGUUAUAGCCAACAGCUUCUUGAGGCAAAGCAAGAUUCAUCUCAAGCAAUGACAAGAUUAAAACAGAUUCAAGGAGAACUAGCAGCAUCCAGAGAAAGAUGCCAAGACCAGGCUAAUGAUCUUAUCAAAAAAUCAAGCAAGAUUGGUACCCUGGAAGCCACCAGAUUGAGUAAUGAAUCAACGAUAAAUGACCUCCGAGCGUCUCUUGCCAAACUAGAAGACAAACUUCAAUGGAUGGAGAAGGAGCGACAGAGUCUUGAAAGCAGCAAAAAGAAUCUCUCUCAGGAGCAGAGCAGUCAGCUUCGAUCUCUGGAAAAGGCUCUGGAUGAGUUAUCAAUCGAGAAACAAACCAUGAAGGAGAAAUAUGAGAAGGAACUUGAGUUUACAAGAACCAACAGUAAAGAUGAACGGACGAGACUUGCCAAAGAUCACGAGGCACUGAUUGGUAGAAUACAACGAGAGCAUAAAGAAGAGAGAACGCUAGCUAACACAGCUGCUGCACAAGACAUUGCCAGGCUGAGAGAGGAGUUAGAAAAGACUUUAGAAGAGACUACUCAGAGGCUUUCCAGCGAGCUCAACGCCGUCCAGUCCCAACUCGACAACACGAGAGAAGAACUGACCAAGAAACUAGAGACAGCCGAGGCGGAGUGUAGACGUCUUCAAGAUAUUCUUGAUCAGAAUAAACAAGGUCUAGGAUCAGCUACUACCGAGAUCACCAGCUUGAGCAAAGCUAACGCUGGACUCAAAGUAGAUCUAGAGACAUUGCAGAAAGAGCUGAGAGACUCAAAGAAUCAGAGUCUGGCGUUCAGGACCGAACUGGACAGGUUGAAACACACUCAUGAAACCAAGAUGGCCGAAGCUAAAGAGGAAUUAAAAUCAAAACUCAACCAGUUAUCAAAAGAUCUUGACGGACAAUGGACGGAUACACUCAGGAAAGAAUGUGACAAGCUUCAGAGUGAGUUAAAUGAACAACAUCAUGAAGACAAGAAAGCUGGUUUGACUCAACUAGCCUUGAUGAAGGAACAAGAACUAGAAGCAUCUAAGAUUGGAUGGGAAAACAAACUCAAGGAACUUCUUAAAGAGGUAUCUCAACUAAGGAAUGCGUUAUCUUCAAAAGCAGAUCAAGCACAGAGUGAGCUCGUGACGUUGCAGGGACUUGCCGACCAAAAACUCAAUAAAUUGAAAUUUGAGAUGGCCGCUCUCGUAGAGGAACAUGCAAGGGCUAUCAGUUUACUCAAAGCAGACAAGGAGAAAGAAGGAGAGACCUUGAGGCAAGAGAAAGAGGAUGCCUUAAAGGAAUUAGAAGAGCGCCUAGUAAGCCAGUACAGAGAACAGAUGGAAAAGGUGUUGAAGUCCCACAGGGAUGCCGUUGAGGCAUUACGAGAUGAAGCAGAAAAAUCACGACAAUCCGAUAAAUACUCGACCAGUUCUCAACAUAAACAGGCCAUGGAAAAGUUGAAGUUAGAGUUAACCCAGAGACAGAUGGCCGAGAUGGAUCAACUUUCAAGAACACAUCGUGGUCAAAUGGCUGCCGCUAAAAUGGAAUUAGAACGCUCGAUAGAGAUCAAACAACAACAGGAGAAAGAAAUGAAGUUCCGAGAGCAGGAGUUGAAAGAAGAUGUUAAGCAACGAGACAGACACAUCGAUAAUGUUGAGAAACACCUUGAAGAUGUCAAGCAAGAGAUCACCAGGCUGACUAAGGAGUUGAAGUUCAAAGGUCAAGAGGUGUUAAAGGUCAAGAGUGAGGCUGAUGAACAUCUCAGAAAGCAAGAGGAGAGACUCAUCGAAGCUCACAGCCAAGACAUGGACGCUCAAGCAGCAGAGCAUAUCCAAGAAACUCAGAAUAUGCUCGGAGAGUUCAACCGAGCGCAGGAAUUACUCAAAGAUAAGAUCUCAGCUCUACAGAUUAUGUUGGAGGAGGCUGAAGAGCGAUAUCAGAGUCGAGAUUCCAGACCAGAAGACCUAGAGCAGAUUGCGAGACUCAAGGACAUGGUGUCAGAGAAAGAGGCCAUAAUGCAGAAACUUGUGGAUGAGAAACGCUACUUCCAGUUGGAGCUGAUCAAUCGAGAAACUAAUUUCAAUAAAGUAUUCAACAUGAACCCAAAUGUUGGAGUCCUGGAUCCGUUCGCCUAUAAGAAAAAGAAAGGAGGUGAGGUAACAAGGGAGGCUCCGCGUUAUGUGAGUGCACCGAGCUUAAACACGAUGGCUGUGAAUGGAUCAUCAAACAAUAAUAGUCCGAACCAUCAAAGACUGGUACCACUUCCUGAUUCACCCAUUCAUGAUAUCCAGCUCAAUCCAAAGAAACCUCUUAUACCACGCCCACCGAGGACUAAGAAGUUCAUUAAUACAUGAGGAACCACGCCCAACAAUCACCACUCCCACUAAGGACUAAGAAGGUCAUUAAUACAUGAGGUACCACGCCCACCAAUCACCACGCCCACUAAGGACUAAGAAGUUUAUUAAUACAUGAGUUACCACGCCUCCAAUCACCACACCCACCAAGGACUAAGAAGUUCAUUAAUACAUGAGGAACCACGCCCACCAACAACAAAGAAGUUCACCAUGCCCACUGAUGAAUAAAAAGUUUAUUAACACAUGAGGUUACCACGCCUGCUACACAGUAUCAACCUCUACCCUCAGAGGAACCCAUUUAUAAUGAAUUAUAAUGGAGCGUCUUGCCCAAGGACACAAGUGUCAUGAUCGGGAUUCGAACCCACAUCCUGAUGACUAAACUUUGAAUUUGGUGCCUUAAACCACUCGACCAUGACAUCCUACUGCAUGAUAACUGUACAUGUACAUUCAAUGUUGCAACCAUAGUGUGUGACAGUGAAUUCCGUAAGCCUUGAUUACUGUGUUCUGUGUCUUCUGAUAUAAAAUUUCGUCCAGUUAAACAGGCAUGUAGCAUUUUUUUGUUUAAGUAAAGCGUCUGUUGGAUUUUGUAAAUUAUAAAUAUGUAAGUUAUAUAUCAUAUACAUGUAUAUUAUUAUUUUUUUUAAAGUGAAAGUCUAACCUGUGAAUAGUUUGAGUGGUAUGGAAUUUUUAAUUUGAUAGUAUCUUUGUAUUAUUCAUAUAUUAACCAACUUCCGUCCAUCUUUGUGUACAAAUAACAUAAAUGAGGCGAAAUAUAUUAAAGAAACCUUUGGUUUAUUUCUUACAAAUUGUAUUAUUUACAUAAAUUAAAGAACUGUACAUGUACAUGUACAUGUAAAUGUUUUCAAAGAUGUCUUUUUUCAAAAGAUUUCUACAUCUGCAUUGGUAAACACAGCAUAUAGAACUAGCUGUUGCAAACAACUUACCAACCAAAAGGACUGAGGGUAUAAAUGCAAACAAAAAUAGUUAGUGGCCUGACGUUUCGACCCAAGCAGAAUCUUUCUAAAAAAUAUGAAUGUCCACAGAUUUGCACUGAACUUACAACAUGGUAUAAACAUGGUGGAAAACUUCUCUUUUAGUAUUGAUGCUUGAAAUGCUAAAGUUUUGAGAAAUCAGUCAAACAAUAUACAAUUGUUGCACGCUGUGACGGGGUCCAUGGCGUUUUGUACACUCGAGGGGGAAAAUGGAA